CUGACAGCCGUUCUGCCAGGAGGCCAAAAAGCACGUGUGGUCAGAGAAGAUGUUAAUCCACUCACACACUGAGCGAGGGCCACAAAACCACCGGAGAAAAACAUGGGCCUUUUGUCCAUCCUUCGGCGGCUGAAGCAGUCUCCAGAGCAGGAAGUACGCUUGCUGCUGUUAGGGUUGGAUAAUGCCGGCAAGACCACUGUGUUAAAACAGCUGGCAGCCGAAGACGUCAGCCACAUCACCCCCACACAAGGCUUUAACAUCAAGAGCGUGCAGUCCACAGGCUUCAAGCUGAACGUUUGGGACAUUGGAGGUCAGCGCAAGAUCCGACCAUACUGGAGGAAUUAUUUUGAGAACACAGAUGUACUGAUCUAUGUGAUUGACAGCUCAGACAGGAAACGAUUUGAAGAAACAAGUCUGGAGCUAGCUGAGUUGCUGGAGGAGGAAAAGCUCGCCACGGUGCCGCUGCUAGUCUUCGCCAACAAGCAGGACCUGAUGACAGCUGCUCCAGCAUCAGAGCUGGCAGAAAGUCUCCGUCUGCACACAAUACGGGAUCGCAUGUGGCAGGUGCAGGCGUGCUCGGCGCUCACUGCAGAGGGAAUUCAGGAUGGGAUGACCUGGGUUUGCAGAAAUAUAAAGUUUCGGAAGAAGCCAUGAAAAAUUGCAUCUUACACCUGGAAUAUCCAGUGUUUCAUGUUCAGGACAAGGAGAAAACAAUAUGUGGUAAUUCUUAAAGACACUUGUGUCUUUUUUUCCUUAUGUGGCAUCAAAAUAAUUAGUCACUGUCAGCACAGUUGUCCAACACAACCCUCAGCCCUGUAUUACAUAUCUUAAAAUGUAUAUACUGUAAAUAGGCUGUUUUAUUUAAACUGUACACACUUUGUUUUUAUAAUUAAACCAUGUUAACUCAGUGUUCUGUAGAC